CAAGUCGAGUUUUCUCAGUUUAACCGAUUCAGUUAUAGUCUGUUACCUUAUAUAUGUCAAGUCAUACUAGCACACUCCAGCAUAAGAGACAUUGCAAGAGCACCCGCCAGACCGCACCCGUUAUUACUGGCGAUAAAUCGCCACAUUUAAUAAGAGACCGUACGCGGAAAGGGCUUCUGCUGGUGAGACUAUUUCUACGAAAGGGGUCAUCACUAUCUCCGGAAAAUCGAACAGAUGGAUCUGCUUAAAGUUGCUGAUUCAUAUUUCCAUUAAAUGAAAGUGGAAAUUUUUUUCUUUUAUUUUUACCGAAAAAAACCACUGAAUUUUUUUCUCACUUUUUUAUUCAUUUAUUCGCUGAUAUAUUUAAUGUGUUUUGUAACUCGGUAUGUAUUUACAUAAGGUAUGUCUUUAUAUAAAAAUAACGGAUUUUCAAUUCUCAAAAUUCGAUAAUUUGAAAACACCGCACCUUCUACUUUAGUAAUAUGGAUUUUCCGUUUGGAAUAGAGUGAUUUCACUUUGUGAUAUAGGUCAGCAGUGCUGAAGAGGUAAAUGCAGGGGUGUUAGAGGGGGUGAGUGCGACCGGACGUUUUUUACUCCGGGUGUUGAGCCCUCUUGUGCACACUGGCACGCUUCAUUCCCACCCGAGUGCAGAGGUACAACUUAAAGCGAGACUAAAGCCACCCUGAUGUCACGUAUUUGCACUUAUUGCCACGCAAGUGCGUUAUUCCACGUGGAAUAAGCGGUAUAUCAUCUGGUCACGCUCGUACAGGCGCAGGUAGGCGGGAAAAAUGACCCAAAAUUGCCGGUUAUCUUAGCCGGGUUAUUAUGAGCCAGUUGAACAGUCUAGUCAAGUCCUGGGACUAUAAAAAUAAGUGGAAAAUUGUUCUCGUGCUGCCUAUAGCAGAUUUACACUCCAUUUGAAGAAAAUAUUCAAAGGAAAUUUUUAAAAGUGCCGCCAAUUUUGUGGAACUUUUUCAUUAUGUUAAUUAAUCGAGUGAGAAAGCCUGGGAAUCGAUCAGUUUAGCAGUCUUUCUACUUUGCCGACUAGUCGAUAGCAAAGAAAAUUUGCAAAAGUUGGGGAUAGUUUAUAUUAUCACAUAUUUAUUUACAUGAGAGGACGUCGUUUGUCAAUGAUAAGUGGCACAAAGUCGUUCAGUCGCCAUUUUCCUCCGAGAUAUUUUAUUUUAUUUACUGAAUGAAACCCGAACGACAGAUUGCGCAUGCAUAAUUCAGGGGAUCUCAAACAAAUAACAAAGUUUUUGCAUAUUUAAUGAGAAUGGUACACACACCUCGAGGAUUUUUGAAUGUGACAUUUGUAAGUGACAUUUUCAUUGGAGAAACUCAAUGAAGUUUCAAAUUGUACGUUCAUGUCGAUCGAUGUGUGGAAGGCAAACAAAAUUGUUUAACGAUCGCAACGUGCGAAAAAAUGUUGACGGUUCCAUUCGAUUUUGGGGAUCAUUUCGAGGACGAGUUUUGUUGAGUCGUGGGGUAGAGGAAUUCUCAUUUCAGGGAGAUUUUUCCUCGUGCGUUUCUUUUGAACCUUCAGGUCCAGAGUUUUAAUUUUCGUAAUGAAAUUUUAUACAUGGCUCAUCAAAAAUACCUCUCCACUUUCCGUAGUGACGUGUAAUUGCAGUUGAGUGACUUUUCCCUCGGCCGUGUAAUUAUACGUCGACCCCCGUGUGCAGUAGCAGAGAAUAUGUAGCACUAUUAUUCACUACUAAUACACGUGAAUGUAAUUGAGUUAUGAAAUGCGUCAAUUGAAUGCAGUGUCAUUGAAGUGUGUUAACAUGCAUCUCGUCUUCCUUAUAAUUAUAUAACUUUCUCAGUUAUAAUGCGAAUAUACUAAACAUUUAAUCAUAAAUAAAAUUUUCAAGAGAAAAAAAUCCUGGAAUUGAUAAAAUCGUUGGUUUCCCAGAGGUUUUUACUCUUUUCUUUAUCGAUCAUUUUCAUAAGUUCAUUUAAAAAUCAUUUAUUAAAAAAUAAUUUAAACUAAAUUGAAAUCAACGUCAUCAUGUUCGAGAUUAAUCAUCACGAACGACCUUGAACCUGAAUCCUAUUCGACACAUUUCAUCCCCCCUCCCACACGUAGAUUGUUUGCAAGCUAAUUACCCUACUUUGCAGAUAAUUGAAGUCUGUCUAGUGGAGAGACAAUUCAUUGCUCAUGAUAACGAUUCAUUCAGUGGAUGAAGUACUGCAAUACAGCGACUGUUAGACUAGAUUUGGGAUUAAAGUUUCGGGGACAAAUUGGGGGGUACAUUGGUACACGAAGUAGGGGUAGGUGGGUAGGAGUCAGUGCGGAAAUUCGUCGACCGCGACGCCAGCUGUCGGUGGUACACAUACUUUAUCAGAUCCUGUGAAUUCGUGGGAGGGAAUCAAGUGUGAAACGCAGGACUCCAGGAUGUGAUUUAUGCCAUCGCAAUUUCAGGGUAUAUAAAUUCAACGGAAAUGAUUUUGGGUGAAAAAUUCAGUGAGUAAUGUUUAUUUUAUUUAUGGGGGGUUGUUUCGUUAUUUCGUUCGGCGUUUUGAAGAGAUUCAGGGUUAUUUUUCAUCGCUUCAUUUCAUUAUCCGUUUUUUAUGUCAACAGGUUGAAAAAUUAAUGAUUAAUCCGCGAAAUCCCAGCGUAAAUCUCUCCAGCUUUUUAAAUAUUUUUCCCACGAUUCUACUGUCUAUUGUUAAUACGAUAAAUAAAACACAAACGUUUACAACAAAUUUCGCACACUUCAAAGUGGAUAAUGGCCGCAAGAUGACACCACUGGAUUUGGUCUCUGGCGUCCUCAGGGCCUUUAACCCCCUACUACGGCCCUGAUGUUGUUUUUAAAAAUUCUAAUGUUCUGUUUUAUCGAUGGGUGAUUGAAUUUGAGGAUUAAAUUUCGUUAAAAUACUUCACGAUGAACCGUAUUUGUUAUACCCUCUCAUCUGGCUCUGCCCCAUUGACUGAAUAUUUUUAUUAAAAAUUGCAGGUGACAAUGAGACUUGUACUCGCACUCAUCUCGAAAUUCCUCCCCCCGUAAGUAUCGUACGGCCCUCUUGAGUCGUUCACCUAUUGUACCUGCGUCAUUCCGUGGUAAUCGCAGGAGUGCAUACCACGGGCUGAAGGGAUGAGGAAGAUAGAAUGGGAAUUCAUAGAAAACAGACCCCACUUGACGCACGAUUCCAACCCUCUCUACACUCAGAAUAUAAAGGGUUGUGCUAACGUGCCCUAGCACGAUCCCCCAUGGAUCUCCACAGCGAUUUGUCAAAAACAUUCCACCCUGGAAUUUAUGCUGCUUUUCCGGGCGUGCAACCAACCCCCACUGACUCGCGCCCUCUCCACGUGCCUUUCACUCUUUCCAGGUUUCUCUCUACCUACUGUAAAUAUACGCCAACACACGCAAGACUCAGGGAAUGCCACUCAUUGGGAGAGGUGAACGUCACCAGAGUCGAGUCAGGGGAUAAUCCCCCGGUUUCCCCUGGCAUUUUCAAGUCCAUGCAGACAGUCAAGGGGUGCUCAACCACUUCAUACUGGGAUGUUAUACGGGUCAAGAUGCGUUUACAGGGAGCGACGCGGUGACCCCUGCACCUGACACAGAGAAUGAGGAAAAGGGGGAUGCUAUGCGAGGGUGAAAUUCAACGUGAGCUGAUGCGAGAAAGAGAACAAAACUUUUGUGGAUGGCACAGCAAGGAGGGCUAAAGGAUGGGCUAAUUGGAUGUCGGAGGCGCAAUCUUGUGGUCUCCAUUUGUCAUUCAGUGGGUGAAGGAGGAGAUGCAGAGGCAAUCGUAUCUCACACUCGUCUCCGCUCGGCUGAUUUUUUUUUCCCCAUCUACUCACAUUUUUUACCCCCAGCCAAUCAUAACCGAAUGACUGUUCUCUCGUGUGAAUUUCACUUCUGACGACUGUCGAGUCUUUAUUUAUUGUACGCUCUCAUUGACACUGGGGACAUUUCACCUUUAAUUUCAAACUUUUGGGGUUAUUUUGGUGGUUAAUGAUCCACUAGUCCGGAGGGUUGAUCUCUCUAUCAUCCCAUUUGAAUAAUUAAUUAACAAAUCGAUAAAAAAAAUUGUCAUCAACUGUAAAAUUUAAAUUUUGAGAGUUUACAUGACAAUUGGACGAAUAAAAAUAUAUUUUGUUGCUAGAAAAACGUUUAAACGAUAUUUUGAAAUAUCUGAGAUUCUAAUUAUCAUUUUAAGACAACCCCAUACGAAUAUAUUAAUUUAUAUUAAUUUUUACUGUCAAAAUCUCUUGCGAAAAGUGGAAAACACCUUAAGAACGCAGACUAAUUUUUUUUUUUCACAUUCUCACAAACCCCCGCCAAUAAAAAUUCAUCAUUACGUCCAAUCAUCCCAUCCAAUUAUCUCCAAAUCACAACGAAAGCUGGAAUUUCAUCAAUUAUUUACCGAAUAAAGCACCCGAAGCAUUAGUACAAUGGUGAAUUCAAAGACCCUCAGUUUAUCCGGGUAAAAAAGUUCCUGAAAAAGUUGGAAAUUGGAAUAAGUUUCGGGGCAAUACAAUGGACAUAUCUAGAUGAAUAGGGAGGGGUGGAGGGGAGGGGAUAGCAGGGAAUGAAGUGGAUAAAAGUCACUAACGAGUAACAAAGGUCGGCAUGAAGACGGCGUACAGACGGAAAGGGGGACAAGAGCAGGCCGGUGGAGGACUACAUAUUGGUCCGUCCUCUCCCCCUCCUUCUCCUCUUCCACCUAUUCCACUCUUUUCCUCAUCCACAGACGAAAACUCAAACUCCAGUGGCAAUACCAUCCGAGCCAGCAACCAGCCAGUUGUACCUUCGAGGGUGCCUUUGUUCCCUGUCGAAACUGUUCGGACAGUUCCGGAUGCAAUGCCAUACCCUUCCGAUCCUGUGUCCCCGGAUCGGUAAACUAUUCAACUCAUCUCUCUCGUCGUCCUCGGGUUUUAAUAUUUUUUUUACCCUACGUUACCCUCGGUAGGUGAAUUCUAAAGGUUCAACCCUCAUUACAGUGGUCAUUGCUAGUCUUGGCAAUGAGGGAAAAUUACGAUGGGGGGAGGGGAGAAUUAAAAAAUGGAAUGUUUCAUUUUAGUUGAAGUUUCUGGACAUUUUGGGUUUUAUUGGGGUGUCUUCAUUUUAUUCUAUUGGAUGGUGGAGAUUAUUUUGUCUUUGGAAAGGGCGGAUGCAAAAAUAGAUCGAAAUAAAGAGGGUUUUACGGUUUUGGAACAGUAAAAAAAUUAUAAUGAGAAAUUUACUGAUGGGUUUUAAUGGAGUAAUUGAAACCGAUCUCUCUGUUAAAUCUGUCAAUUAAUAAAACAAUUAAGAAAUUGAAUUCGUAAUUAUUGGAAUACCAAUAAAUUUAAGAUCAAAUCAAGUUGGGGAACACGAUAUCGAACGGUAGAAUCCUCGCGAAACUUUCGCGCAAUUUUUAUUGAACUAUUGACAAACUAUGUACACCCCAAGUAACAAUAUAUAAACUAUAAACAUGUAAACAGUGCCCCAUCGCAUCAAAAAUAACGAACAAUUAAGUGACAAUCACCAAAUUAUCAUAUAUUCAUCUCCCUAAUUGAUUUCGAAAAUUUGAUUAAAUCCCAGAUCAUUUGAAUAACGAAUGGAGGUCUGGUUGAAAUUAUGUAACGCAUUUGUAUAUGAACCAAUAAGAGCUUCGUUUCACGUGCAAUAUAAUCAUGAUGAACGAAAGCCGAGUUUUCGCUCGGUUAGUUUGGUCAGAUAAUUGGAUUAUUCUGGCAGUUGAAUCGAUUCAUCGGCCAGGACUUUAUUAAAUAUCUAUAUCUUUGACUAUAACAUCGACCGGUGAUUAAUUACACUGCAGAAAGAACUGUAAAAAACAUCCGGAAAUUGGCAGGUGAUGAAAAAUUUCCCCCAUAAAUCAGCAAAAAAUUUUUUCGCCAACAAUUUCAAGUUCCAUUCAGUCCCCCACCCCCCGACUCACUGAAUUUCUCCAUCAGGCACCUGAAAUGACACAAAUAUUCACCGAGAAUGGGGGUAGAAGUCCGUGAUAUUGAGCAACUCGCAGGGAAAAAUCAUUUUCACGAAUGAAAGUUAUAAAAAAAUAUAAAAAAAGACCUGAAAAUCGCCGAACGUGAUUCCAUCUGUGACCGUGCACUAGAAUCUAACCCCUUUCGCAUUUAUUGGACUGUUCUCGCCCCAUUUCCGUUCUCUUUACUCUUGAGCACCUGGGGGUAGAAAAUAGGUGGCCCAUUACAGCAGCAAAUUCCAUCGAUUUUUCCCGGUUUAUUUGUCCCCGACUCCCGCCCCUCGACCAUAAAAAUCGAUAAUUAGGAGUCACUCAUUGACACUAAAUUGUUCGUCCCAUCAACUUAUGAUAUUUUUCAAUUUCCAACCACCCCGAGUGCCUCCAGCAUCCCCCCUGCGCCCCUAUCUCUCUCCUUCACCCCCAAUAAACUGAAAGCAAGAAAAAAACGAAGAAGAAACACGGAAGGGUCUAGAGGUCACGUAGGUUGUUUAUCCGCGGGGGCAGUCAUUCCUGUGUUCCUUGAAUUAACCUUCACGGCAUCCAACUGUUAUUCCGUGGACCAUAAAACCAAAAUAAUGGACCUCUCCCAGGCACUUUAACUCGAGGAUCACGAAAUCGAGGGGUGCGUGCGUUGAUUUUUAGGAGCGUAAAAACAUCGAAACAAAUAUCGAUUCAUCCUGCCCUCUAUCACCGACAAACUUUUUUGAUAAGUCAGACGAGAUAAAAAAAUGAGGGACUGAGAUAAAAAAAAAAAUGGAUGAAGAGAGGAAGAUGUUGGGGUCUUGAGACAGAUAGACAGAUGAGUUGUACGUGAAAUGCCACGAUUUCAUCCCCCUUCGUGCGCUGUACAGACGUUGAAAGGGUGAACGAACUCACAUAAUGGCGGUGACCGUUAUAUAAUAAAAAAAAUGUUAUAGUACACCUUAGGCGCGGCUAUGGCGACUGGUAAUGGCUCCUUAUGAUUUAGCGAGAGUGUUUUCUUACUUUUGUACGAAAAGUGGUGGCCGCGUAAUCGUUUGUCAAGUUAGCCGAGGGGGUGUUCGUUGAAAAACGAGAGAAGAGUGAAAAUAUUAGUCCAGUUGCCUGCCCACAGCAGAGAAAACAUCAGGAUCGUGAUGGUGAAAUGGGGGUUGGGCCCAAUGGGUACAACUCGGGGGAUGCGCAGUUUUCUACCCCGACGGAGAAGACCAAACGUCCCAUAAUUCACCAUCAUUGGUAUUAAAGCCCAUUGCCCAGGGAUGAAGAGUAACGACGGGUCUCUCGUACAAACGCACGGACAUAUCGCGGAGGAAACUUGGGGUGGGUUUUGUGGAGUCUUCGGGGGGUUCUUGGGCACGUGAUGACUUUCGGAAUAAUUUUGGGCAUCUUCGGGGGCUUGGGGAUGAUUGGGGUUAAUGUUGGAGUGGGGUAAGUUCGUGCGAAUGAUUUCCAAAGACUAUAAAUAAUUCGAAGAGACUCAGAAUUAUAGAUACAAAAUUAAAUUGGUAAUAAAAAUCGAUUAAAAAAAUCGAUUCUCCAAUUUUCAACAUCGAUAACUCGAGAAUUCCACCCCUUUCGAUUUAUUAAUAUGAAUACAGAGACAUGUUUUCGUUUUCCCUCACAGAAUCUAAGACGUCAAUCCUCGAAUGUUUUUCCAGUCGUCAGAUGACGUCAUUUUUGUCGUGUCAGGCCCAAAAAAAAAUUCCUCUCCGCGUGUGUCCUCUGAUUCUCGCAAUGUCGGUUUUGCACGGGAGUCAGCCAACAUUUUAGCAUUUCAUACGUCAGGAAUUCUGGCUUCUCGGUCAUGCUUAAUAGUGUUUUAACACGAUUUCCUGAUAAUCAUGAUUCGUGCUUACUCUUUCACAUUCAGCCAGUUACGUUCGAUACUUUCGAAGCCAAACCACCGAGAAUCGUCACGCAAUGCUCCACCUCAUCACGCAA